AGACACAGCUCGAUGAUUCGAGUAUAUGAAUGUCCUCCUGAGAUCUCAAAGUCCUACGCUGCUAUAAGCUUCCAACAUCCUCCCAACCAGCCAUACCUGCGGAUCGAACUCUAGCCAAGCAACAGAGAGGGGGGGAGAGAUGACAGGUGUGGAGCCAGCAAUUAUCGGUGCAAUCGCUAACUUGGCGGCCCCGGUCCUGCCUAUAGCCAUUAAAGGGAUACAAGGUGCACUGAAGAAACGGCAAGUCCGUGACAGUGAUGUUGAAACCCUGAAAUCCCAGCUUAGCUACAUCCAGGGCAUCAUCCGUGAUACUCGGAAGACUAUCAGGAGUUCCCAAGACCCGUCCGACAGGCUUCAAUCCUGGGCUGGAUACCUCAGAUGCUUGGCGUACGACAUCGAAGACCUAAUAGAAGGCCGCCGUGCCGGAACCAUGACAGGUGCGAAGCUUAAUGGCAAGAUUACUAUCAUCCAGGAUUUAAUCAGAUGUGUACAGUCCUAUCCGGAGUUUAUGGCGGUUCCGACGAAUGAGGCUCCUAGUCAAGGCGCUGCUUCUUCCUCCACUACUUCAAGCACCCAGGGCUUUCCGCUGGCUGAUCUUGUGGGCAAGAAGGAGGACCUCGAUGAGCUUCUGGACCUCCUCGUCCGGAGACCCGACAAUGAGCUGGACAAGGUCCUCAAGGUGAUGGUGAUCUCCGUCGUCGGCUUCGGUGGCAUAGGGGAGACCAAGCUUUGCCACACAGUGUACACGGACGUACAGGAGAGCAGAAGGUUCUCCCUGCAUGCGUAUGUCAGCGCUGCUGGGAAGGACUGCAGCAUCGUUCUGGAAGAGAUAAUCGAGCAAUUUAGACUGCAAGAGGAUCCACAAGAUAGCAGUGGUGGAUUUUUUCACAGAUUCGCCGGAGCGUUUCCUGGGGCUCGUCGUACUGACCAAGUUCAUGGGUUACCCGAGUAUCUCCAAAGGAAAAGGUAUUUUGUGGUGGUGGAUGGCGUGGAGUCUGAAGAACUGGUGAGUGGCAUAGCAUCUGCCUUCCCGGAUAAUAGUAUGGGCAGUAGAAUUAUCAUGGGUAUGAGGACCGCAGUGGGCAGGGAUGCAGAGAGAUGUGUGGGUCAUCGUCACAAGAUGUGGCCACUUGAAGACAAGCAGUCGGUGGUGUGCUUCCUAAAUGAAGCGGAGCGGCGGCGACGACGACAUGAACAAGAUUUAUCGGAUUUUGCAGUGGAUUCCAAAUUUUAUUGAAAAGCAUGUGAGUGCGAGAGGUUGUAAGCAUUGUCUUGGUCUGACUUUUCAACCGGGUGUAGCCUAUGUAGACAAGCAAUCAAAAGCUAAAAACACCGGUUUCGAUCGUCCACUACACUGCUCAAGUUCAUUCAAAAGUGCAAAUGGAAGCAGUCUUGAUACAGUGAUGUGGUGAAAAAUACAAAUACAUCUCGAUCUUUCUGAUUA